AUGCUUGCAGGGGUGCAUGAUUCUUUCUGGACUCAUGCAUGUGAUGUGGACCAAAUGAACGAGAUACUUCUGGACAAAUUUGUGGAGCUUUAUAGCAUGCCGAUACUUGAAAAUGUAAGUGAACUACGUCCUAUUUCUCUUCAGGAAAUUGGGUCUCAUAAAUUCAGAUCUUUCUCUGGCUUGUUUAAAAGCAACUUGGGUGGAAUGACUUGUAUUUGA